AUGUGGAUGUACAUCGAUAAAUUCAUCAUCCUGCUCGCCCUGUUCGGUGCUGCCUUCGGGCAGAACCUGCGCGCUGAGGUCGAUCAGCUGACCGCGUUCCUGAACAUGGAUCAGGUGCGCGCCAUCUACGAGCGCUACGUGCAGACGGACGCGCAGGUUGGUGAGAUCUGGUCCUUCCUGCAGUCUGCCGAGACCGACGCUGCGUGGCGCGUGCUGAUCACCACCCCGGAGUUGAUUGAGAUCAGCGCCUUCUCCGAGGCUCGUGGCGUCAGCAUCCGUGACUACCUGAACGGCAUCGCCGCCAUGCUGGGACUCACCCCGAUCACCCGCUCGGUCAGCGCCAAGUCGCCGGCUUCCCGCUCCUGGAACGCCAUGAUGGACGAGAUCCGCGCCGUCACCGACCUGCCCGGUGCCGAGGCUCUGGCCCGUACCUUCAUCGCCAACCCGGCCAGCGAGUUCGGUCAGCUGUACUUCUACACCCAGGCCCGUCGCUCCGGCUUCACCAGCAUCAUCACGAACCCGGAUGUCACCCGUUUCUCCGCCCAGCUGCGCGCCUUCGGCGUCGAUGUUGACCAGAUCAUCUCCCGCUUCCAGGCUUUCUUCGGAUGGGCUUAA